AGGAGGAGGAGGAGGAGGAGAAGCAGUGUGACAUGUCGGAGCGCCCCCCGCGGUCGGGGUCGGGGAUGGCGCGGCCCAUCGGAGCCGAGGCUCUGGUGGCUCUGCUGGAGGGGGGGCUGGACCGGGUGCUGCUCAUCGACAGCCGGCCCUUCGUGGACUACAACGCCUCGCACAUCCUGGAGGCGGUGAACGUGAACUGCUCCAAGCUGAUGAAGAGGAGGCUGCAGCAGGACAAGGUGCAGAUCAACGAGCUGCUGCAGCACUCCGCCAAGAAGAAGUUGGAGCUGCAGGACCAGGAAGUGGUGGUUUAUGAUCAGAGCUCUUCAGACCCGGCGGCUCUCAGCUGUGAUUCGUUCCUCAGCGUCCUGCUGCUGAAACUGGAGAAGAGCUUCCCCUCCGUCCACCUGCUGUCAGGUGGUUUCGGUGAGUUCUCCCACCUGUUCCCGGGUCUGUGUGAGGGGAAGUCCACGCUGGUUCCUUCCUGCAUCUCUCAGCCCUGCCUGCCGGUCACCAACGUGGGACCGACCCGCAUCCUGCCUCACCUGUACCUGGGCUGCCAGAGAGACGUCCUCAACAAGGAUCUGAUGCAGCAGAACGACAUCGUCUACGUCCUGAACGCCAGCAACACCUGCCCCAAACCCGACUUCAUCCCCGACUCUCACUUCCUGCGAGUUCCCGUCAACGACAGCUUCUGUGAGAAGAUCCUGCCCUGGUUGGACCGCUCCGUGGAGUUCAUAGAGAAGGCCAAAGCCGUCAACGCUCGGGUUCUGGUUCACUGUCUGGCUGGGAUCUCACGCUCGGCCACCAUCGCCAUCGCUUACAUCAUGAAGAGGAUGGACAUGUCUCUGGACGAGGCGUACAGGUUUGUGAAGGAGAAGCGUCCGACCAUCUCGCCCAACUUCAACUUCCUGGGUCAGCUGCUGGACUUCGAGAAGAAGAUAAAGAGUCCUCUCGGUACAGACUCCAAACUCAAAUCCCUCCAUCCUCAGGAGCUCGGCGGCGACGCUCCGGCUCCGCUGGAGGACGAGCGGGAGGCGGCGGCGGCCCGCGAGGCCCCCGGGGGUCCCGGCCUGGCCCUGCUGGAGCCGCUCACGCUGCCCUGCGUGCUGGCCAACGCCCCCGAGGAGCGUCUGCUGGCUCAGGCUCUGAGCGGCCUGCACCUGGCCGACGGCGCCGAGGACAGCGCCCGCCUGAAGCGUUCCUUCUCUCUGGACAUCAAGUCGUACGGCGAACCGGGCGGGAACGCCGCCGCUCACCGGGUGUUCGCGCCGCACGCCGGGCCGACGGACGGCGCCGAGUUCUUCAAACCGUCUGGAUACAAAGACACGAGCAGUAAACCGUGCCAGUUCUCGCCGGUGCAGGAAGUGUCGGAGCAGUCGACGCCGGAGCAGAGUCCCGACAAGGAGGAGGCGGACGCUCCGGAGCGAGCCGCGCCUCCGCCGAGCAGCAAACCGCCGCCGGCCGCCGCCGCCUGCUCGCAGCUGCACCGCAGCGGCAGCAUGGAGGAGAACGCCACCAGCUUCCUGUUCGGCCUGUCCCGCAGCCAGCAGCACCUCGCCAAGCCGGGCUCCGGCGGCGCCCUCAAAGGCUGGCACUCCGACAUCCUGCUGGGCCCCGUCACCGUCUCCUCCUCCUCGCUGGCCGCCGGCUGGUACCUCUCCUCCGAGUCCACGCGCUUCUACUCCACGUCGGCCAUCCUGAGCGGCGGCGGCCUGGCGGCGUACAGCUGCAGCCACGGCCUGGAGGCGGUACGGCGGCGCAGCCGGCAGAGAGCCGGCGACCACGGAGACUCCCGCCGGAGCUGGCACGAAGAGAGCAGCUUCGAGAAGCAGCUGAAGCGCCGCAGCUGUCAGAUGGAGUUCGGAGACGGGAUGACGGACAGCCGGUCCAGAGAGGAGAUGGGGAAGGUCGGCAGCCAGUCCAGCUUCUCCGGCAGCAUGGAGAUCAUCGAGGUUUCCUGAGUCGGAGCGCCGGAGCGUCGGAGCGCCGUCAGAGACUCACGGCAGACGGAGCAGCGUCUGGCAGCGCUCACGGAGAGACUCUCGAGGUUCGGCUGCAGUCGGAGAACAAACUGAACUUAAAGGAAAAGUUUUUAUUGAUGCUUCGACUCGUCACGUCUUCAUCAUCAUCAUCAUCAUCAUCUUCAUCAUCAUCAUCAUCGGUCAGAUCACGAUACGGAGUAACAGAGCGCUCAUGGAUGGAUCUGCGUCUGAUGAUCAUUUUAGUCUUUUUGAACGUUUCUAUCUGCGGCUUCUGUUUCAGACUAAACCAACGUAUUGAUUGUAAAAUGUUUUUCUUCCACUUCCUGUUUCUGUUUUUUUUUUUUACACCUUUUUUAGAAUAAAUGAUUAAAUGAUUAAAUAAUUGAUGGAUCAUUGAGAUAACGGCUAAAUCACACUGUGGACUGGAAUCAGCAGGUUCAUUAAUAAAUAAUUAGUCACACAGGAAACGACUGUAGACACAAAAUGAUUUAUUCUCCUUUCUUUUUUUUUUUAAAUGUAGUUUUUAUUUUUUCUCUUUUGAAUCAAAGAUCAUCACUCGUCUGUUUUUGUGGAAUAAAGACAGAAAAAUGUUGAAGGAAGUUUUCUGAACUCGACAGAAGAAACUUUUCACUGACUGAAUGUUUGGUUUUAGUUUUUCGGAGCCGAGCAGCUCGUCGGACUCUUCGGUGAAUCUCAGGUGUUUCUCAGAGCAUCGGUCCUGCCGA